AUGCCGCUCUCAAAUUACCCAAACUCAAUCAUUGGGUUCUCGGAUGCCAUGUUCGCCGCGCCAGAGCCAGUGGCACAUACAUACUUCAGGGCGCCAAAAAGGAAAGCCAGCACUGCAUGCGAGGCAUGUAAAGUGGCCAAGAUAAAGUGUGAAGGCGGCCCGCCAUGCUCCAGUUGUGUCAAAGCGGGAACCGCCUGCGACCACGAUUUCAUGAAAGACGGACGCCGACAGUGGAAACUCUUUGAGAAGGGGCGAAAAGCGCGCCUUUUCGACGUGCUGGUCGAUUGGAUGAGGAGAGCAGAGCCGUCGACCGCCUUCGUCUUGUUCCAGAAGGUCAAGGACUCGCGAUCGGAGGAUGAGGUUCUCGAUUAUUUGGAGACUGUCUGCUCAUCAGUGUCCAGCGGCGGUCCGGCGGGGUCCGACGACGACCGCGGAAAAGACGCGAUGCGUAUCCAAAACCUAUUGUGUUGA